UGAAAACGGAAGUGUUAGGAAAAAUACAAUCAACUUUCCCAAAGAAUGUUUGAUGGUUUUCGGGCUUACAGGAUGCAAUAACUGAAUGAAAAUCAGGAAGAUAUGGAGAAGAUUUGCACUGAUGUCAAUGGAACUUCACCAAAAACAAAAAAUAGUACCAGUAAAUAUGGCAGAGUCGACCUUGCUGACUUUGUGAAAGAAGUUGACAGAUUUUCUAGAUUAAUUGAACCAUUUGCAUUUGUUUUAUAUUGCUUGGAUGACAUAAGGAAUUGGAGAUAUCCAAAAGUUACUUUAUGUUUAUGGAUAAUUUGCAAUUUUUGCUGUAUAAUCCUCACAAAAGGUGCUGUAUUUGUUCUUGUGUCGUUACUGGUGGUAGUAAUAGCAGCCACUGGCUUGGUACAGAUACACACAAGGAUUUUAGAUAAAAUAUUGCCUGUCAAUCAUCUCUCUAGUCCUGAUGAUGAGUCCUCAGAUGAAAAUGAUGAAGAUUCAGCAUACAGUACAGUCAGACAAUUCAGAGUUAGCAUAAUACAGAUGUUUGAGUUUGUUGUUAAGUGUAAUGAGCUACUGGCACAUUUUUAUGGAAUCCUAAAGUGGGAUAAUAUAUUGCCAUCAUUAAGAUUUCACAUAGAGUUUUGUACAUUAUUACUAAGUUUUGUUGUGUUGCCAACAAGAUGGAUAUAUAUAGCCUUAGUAAACUGGGUGUUUCUGGACAAUGAUAUUGUCAUACAAGUGGUUAUAGAUAACAGUCAGUUGUUUAUUGGUUGUCUGACAGGACAGGCACUACAGUCUCCUAUAUCAAAAACAGUCACAUCAAAGCCUAAGGAAGAAAUUAAAUUUGAAGAAGAAGUCAAAGACAAGAAAUCCAAUACUAAAGAUUCUGAAGAUAUAUCUGAUCUGGAUUGUGAUGCUGAGACAAUUGAAGUUACUAUGGAUGAAGAUGGUAAAUCACCUUCUACAAACAAACCAGGCAUGGUGGCUAGAUUGAUGGAAUUGAAGAAAAGAAGACAACAUAUAGCUAAUGAGAGCUGUUUUGCCUGUAAAGUGUCAUUUGCAUCAAUUCUAAAAAGAAGAUUUUAUUGUCGACAUUGUGGAAACAAUUUCUGUUCUAAAUGUUGUAACCAACGAGUGCCAAAAUCUGUAUUCGGCGCUACUGCUCCCAGUGCACAGACAGAGACUGUUCUUGUAUGUAACAUUUGUCAUAAGAAUCUUACUAAAGCACCAGAUAAAGAAAAGAAAAGCUGAUAGAUGUCACUGUGCCACAUUGAUAUAUAGCUUAUAUUAAAAGGUUGAAGAUGGAUUAGCUUCAAAGAAUACUUAAUAUAACCACGUCUUACAGUGCUGCAUGGGUUGUAAAUGGAAAGAGAAAACAAAAUAUUUGGAAGAUGUAUUUUUUAUUUAUAUGGAAGUAUUACAUUGUGAAUUCAGUAGAGGUGGAUGUGUUAAAAACUAAAAUAAAGGGAAGAUAAUAAAAAACAAAAUAUGUCAUGAAUGUAGCUCAUAGAUUACCGUAAAAAACACAUCUGAUAAAAUUGACCUUCUUAAACUCUUUUUAGCAAGAAAUUUAUUAUUUCACCUUACUAUUUCUACAUUUUGUUUUAGAGAUAUUCACUGUAGAAAGAAAGAAGCAGAAGAUUAUGACCGUUACCUUCUGUAUCAAUGGUCCUAUUUUUACUCUGAUAAUGACAUAUGUAGAUAUGAACCUGAAAUUCUUACUGUUUUAACAAAAAUUAUCCACGAAUGACCAUACAAAUUUUCAAAAAUGUGAACCUAGUAGAAAAUUCAUGUAAAGUGUAUAAGGAAUCAAUUAAAAUUUGUCCUCUCUUUUCACAAGAAAAAUCUCAAUUGUUAAGUUAUUCCUUAAACACUUUAUAGUUUGAAUGAAAACGAAAUUGUUAGUAUUUAUACCAUGAUGUCAAAUUUAAUUAUUAAUUAUGUUAAGUAGUUACUUUAGUGUAAUGAUGAACAUUUUAAUUGAAAUAGUUAAAAACAAUUCAUGAAAAUAUUUGGUUCAAUUGAAAAUACUAGAAAUGUUUGCUACAUAAGGUGAAUAGAUAGAUUAUUAUGAGUUCCUAAAUAUUAUUGAAUGUCAUAUUUUAUUUGAAAUGAAUGUAUGAUCCUAUCUGAUGUGAAGGUCAUAUUUUAUGUGUCAUGAAGUUCACCUCAUAUCUGAUAUGAAGGUCAUAUCCUACAUCUGAUGUUAAGGUCAAAUCCUAUCUGAUAUGAAGGUCAAUCCUACCUGAUGUGAAGGUCAUAUCCUUUCAAUGUGAAGUUACAAACUUAUCUGAUGUGGAGUUUGAAUCUUAUCUGAUGUGAAGGUCAUAUCCUAUCAGAGGUGAAAUUAAAAUGUUAUUUAAUGUGAAGGUCAAUUCUAUCUGAUAUAAAGUUGUAUUAUUUCUGAUGAGUUUCAUGUAUAAAUCAAAGUGAUCGUGUAAUAUAAACCACCGUUUUAUUGUUAAAUCAUGGAUUAUAAAUCGUUAAUGAGACUGUUAGUAUGAUAAACAUAUGUAAUUUUAAACAAUUCUUACAAGUUUCUUAAAAUGUAUAUAAUUGUGUAAAGUUCAAUUUUAUUUUUAACUACAAAUUUUAUGACUUUAUAUAUUAAAAACUUUGUGUUCAAUAUUUGUUUAUGAGAAUAGUCAGUUGUUUUUGUUUUGUUUUUAUUGAUUUGUGCAUUUUUUUUUUAUCAAAAUAACAAUUUUAUGCCAUUUGUGUGAGUGCAAUUUUGAUUUUCAGAAUAACAUUAUUUUGUAAAUAAAAGAUUAAUAAUUUUAGAUGAAGGGAUUGUGCAUUAGAUGUAAAUGCUGUGAUAUGCUUUCUAGAGUAUUAUUUUUAGAUACGACGACAUAAUUCUUUGAUUUUCAUUCUCACUAUAUUUGAAUUAACACAAGCAAAUUUAUUCAAAAUACGAGUAGAAAUGACAAUAUUCUGGGCUCUAGUGAAUUGAACUUUUACACAUGCCAUUUUAAAGUUGUUUAAACUAGUGCUUAUGUUGUAUGGUCUUGCCUUGUAUGUUAAUCUAUUAUCAGGCAGUAAAAUUGUUCGAAUAAAUUUUUAUACAGUUCAUUCUCAGUUUUAAAGUAGUAGAUCUCAUCAUGAUUACGAUCAGCAUAAAUGUACCGUAAAUGUUUUAUCAUCUGCCAUUUUACUGAAUACACGAAUAGCCAGUAAAACUGCUUUUGUGACUGUCGAAUCCCCAAUGAAUGAUGACUAGUCUUCAAAUACAUAACUGUUAUUCCUUAAUUCACAAGGCUCAACAGAACAUCUGUCAUUCAAAUUUUGAACAUACUUACUAUUUCAUUGCUAUGUUUAUACUGAUUGUAAUAAAAAAUCAGUCAUAAUUGUUCAAUACAAUAUCAAGAGGAUGAAAUUCAAGGUAUUAGUCGUUAUUGCUUUUAUAUUGUAGAAUAAAUUUCUACAAAACAUAAUUUUUGCUGAUUAUUACCUUUAAUCUAUUUUUGAGAUAAAUUGGUGGUGGACCCAUGAUUUUUUGUUUUGAAAACUUGUUUUUUUAUUAUUACUAACAAAAAAUUUGUUCUACUAAUGAUCUGGUCUUACUCUACAUGUUGUAUGUUUUUAGCAACAAAGUAAAUUUUAUUCAACUUUCUACAAGAAAAAAGUUCAGAUGCCAUAACAAUUUUUUUUUUGCAAAGUAUUUGUAAUGUACAAUAAUAACUAUAUACAUACAUUGUUUUAAUGCCAUUUCUAUUGAUGGGGUAAACAAGAAUGACUGAACUUAACCAGUCAACAUUGACGAGAAAUUGACAAAGUCUAUUUUAUUCUAGUAGGUUGAGUAUACUUCAUCAUUUUCAUGCCAGGAGCAGGGGCAUAUAGUGUUAUCCAAGUCCAUCAUUUGUUUUGUAAUUGUGAAUGCCAAAAUUUAUCCAGACUUUUUUUUAAUUGUUAUGCCUGAUAUCGAGCUGAUUUUUGGUUUAAAAGUAUAAACUAGUAAGUUUCAAAUCGUUUCCUUUCUGUUGACCUUCUCUUUACAGAAUUUCAGAACCAUCACACCAUUCCACCAGCUAGGGCAUUCAUGUAUUAAUCCGGACACAUCUUUUCUACAAAUGAUUAGAAAAAGAGAACCAUGCCCGACCUAAAUGGUUAUAAGCUGGAAGUGAUCACCCAUAAUUUUUUUUUGAGAACUUGUAGCAGUGAUGACAUAUAUCCAACUUUAUUCACAAAAUAUAUUAAGAUAAAAUGCUAAUGAUAAUUAAGUUAUACCUUUAAAUUUUCUCAAGAAUAUAUUAAAAUAUAUAAAGGAUUAAAAGAUUAUAACUUUAUUUUUGAAGACUUUAUUCCCAUAUUUUCUUGAGAUGAACAUACAUGUACUUUUGCAAAAUGUAAAUGCCAGCCCAUAAUUAUGCUUUAUAUUUCAUAUGCUGCAUGCCUUGAUUUUUCAUCAGCAUUAAGGAAUACCUCAUUAAAGUAUUGUUUUUUAGUUAUUUAUAUCUUAGCUUUUUUUUUGUAAAGAUUGGUUUAUAUUUUAGAUUUGUCAAAUGAUAAGUUUUUUUUAAGUAUUUAGAAUAUCAAAGUUAUAAAUAGCAUAUAAACUAGAUUGAGGAAAUUUAAACAUAUUUGUUCAACCUCUGAUUGAGACAAUGAAAAGUUUUCAUACUUUGUAGGUACAUUGUACGUAUCAUUUGAAAAUACAAAAACUCAAAAUAGCUAUUUUAAUCAUUUACACUUACUCUUACAGCUGUUGAAUAAUUUUAUUGCAACCAUUCAGUUCAAUAAGAAUUUUGUUUUGUACUGCAAAUUCAGAAAUUUUUGUGAUGUUUUUUUUUUGUCAAAUUGUGAAAUAGUUUUCACCAUAAUAAACACUAGCAUUAUUUGUAUGCAGCAUUUCCUGAAUAAUAAAUCUCACAUUUUUGUUCAUUGUUCAACAAUCACAAUAAAAUGUAAUUAAUGCAUAUGCAAAUAUCUCUGAAAUUACAGUAUAUAUAUAUUUAUAUAUUUAUAACAGUAUUGCUAUGGUCAAAAUUGUUUCAGCAUAAUUAAAAUGAUCUACACUUGUGCAAUUUGAUUUUAUAACCUGAUAUUUUUGUCAAAUCUGCUCCUUUAAAUAUAAAAUUGAAAAAGAACCUACUACUUGCUAGGCAAUUGGUUAACACUUGCAUGAUUUUGGUUAUAAUCCUAGUCCUCAUCCUAGUCAUUCUAAGUCAUUCUAAGUCAACAGACAAAUGUUGGUACGGUUUUUAUUCAUACAGUAGUAUAUCUCCUGUAAUAUUGCUAUCCAAAACUAAAUGGGUUUCUUAAUUGAUUAUAAAUUACCAAGUAUUAUUUUGACGUUUUUUCUUUCAAUUAGCCAUGCUCUCUGUAUGUUAAAGAACCCUUGAAACAAAUUUUUGAGAGGUCUGCAGGUGGUCCUGAUGCAAGGCAUAAUUUCUACCCCUGUUCAACAUGCCCUCAUUUUCAAAUGGAAGUUGAAAUUUCUCUCAUUUGUUUUGUUCGAUUCACUUUGUAGAUCCUACCUAUUAAAUUUAUAAUUAAAUGGAGCUUAAAUGAACUCCAUGAAUAAAAAUAUUUUUUUAAUUCCUAAUACCAUGAGUAAAAUUCAUUUUGAGAAUUGGUCUGUUCUAUUGAGUAGCACAAUCUUGCAAAGAAAAGUUAAAAAAAAAUUAACCUAGUUUGUUAGAAAAGGUUUAAGGUGGAAAAAGUAUUUUUGUCAAUGAUUUCAAUAUGUAUGCCAUCUAUAAACUGUUCUACAUGCCCAGGUCAAUUAAUAAGUUUAUUUCAUUUAAAUAGUUCAUUUAUAUUAUCUUCAUAUUAUGGACUCAAUAUAUAGAUAUAAUUAUUAUAAGGGCUGUUCCAUUUAAACAUAAAUGCUACCCAGGGAAGGCACUUUCAAAAUUGGGUAACCCCCUUUAGAAGCAAAUUUAGAAUUUCAGUUACAUUUUCACUCUACUUGUCACUCGCUAAGAGUUGAGAUUACAAAUUGUCUUCCCUGGGUCCCAUGUAUGCUUUAACAGAACAGUCUUGAAACUUAUUGGCUUUAUUUAUUCCCCUUUAAAGUAUCAUGUUUCCAAGAACUUGCCAAAGAAAUUUAUGUAACAAUUGGCUAUAACAAUAUUGUCUUAUGUAAUAUAUUUUAAAUCAAACUGAAUCUCUUACCUCAGUAGCAUUAGUUAAUUCCACAUUUUGUGUAUUAUUGCUUUUUAAAAGCCAUGUAUUUGUUCAGUAUUCAAAUUUUUUAAUAGGUAUAUUUGUAGUCAAUGAGUAAAGUAAAUUUUACCGGUAAAUAUGUUGCAGUAAAAUCAUGGUUUAAAACCUGCCUUUUGAUAUCUGUGUCAUGAAGUUAAUUAAAGUUGCUCAAUUCAUACAAUAUCUUUCAUGAAUUUUAUCUGUAUGAUUAUAGAUGCAUCUGGUUUUUUUUGUGUUAUUAAAAACAUUUUAGUGAUCAUAGUUCCAAAAUAGUCACAAUAAUUAUUUUACAAGAAAGAAAAGUAAAUUAGAUGGUAUUUUAACAUUUUUCUAUAUCAGUUAUGUUGUGAAAUUCCCUGUGUUCAAGUUCAAGUUGAAUAUAAAACCAUUUCUUUUCACUUAUACUUGAGUGACUUUUAUAAGUUUUCACAUUGUUUAUUAAAAUGGAGAUCUGUUUGAUAAAUAUACAAGAAGUGCUGUGGAUAAGUGAUGAAUCUUUGGUAUGCUAAUGCUUGUUUUUUUCUUUUCUUAAUUACUUUUGUUUGUAUAAAAGUAUGUAUGAUAGAAAACCAAUAUUUGAUAUGCUGUUGCAAUUUUAAGGCAUGAUGCCUUAGUACUAUAUUUAAUUUUAAGUUACUUUAUUGUUUUAAUGUCAAGUUUUCUGAUCCAUUUAGGUCAGGAGAUAGUUUCGUUUUUCCCUGCUUCCAAUUUUGUUGGGACAUAUAUCUCUAUGAGCAAAGUUUUAUAAUUAUAUUUCAGCUAUAGAUUUUUUUGGUAGAUAGAAGAAAAAGAAGUAUUAAAAUUAAAGUUUUUUAUUAUUGAUUGUCUCAUAAUUCUUUUAUUUCAUAUGUAUGUAAAACUUUUAAAGAUAUGCUAGAUAAAACGUUUCUUGAAACAACAUUUUUGGCCUUUUUCCUGCAAUGACCUAUUUUACUAACCAAUGCAAUGUUUGUUUUGUAUAGAGAUAUUAUUGCCUGGUAUCCUGCUUCUAUUACAAGGGUAUGGUGACAUUCAAAUUAUUGCUGAUAUCACAUUUCAUUUUGGAGUCUUGGUGAUUUUGCAUUCGAGCAGUGUCAGUUUCUAUGAAAAAUUAAAUCAAUGAUUGGGAAUUAUAAGUUUCAAAAAUUGAAGCAUGAGUAUUAAAAUUCAGAAAAAAGAGUUCAAUGUUUGACAAUGUACAAUUAAUAUUUACUUUCUAUGAAACAGGAAAAAUAGCCCUCUUUUUUUAUUGUUUUUGAAGCAAAUCAAUUUUGCUUUUCCAACAGUGCACUUAUAUUGUAAAAAACUCCUGUUUCUGAUAUUAAUGAAUGUAUGAUUAUUUUUUUUAGUGUGGUUUUAAAUGAAUAGUUGUCUUUAUAUACCAGUCUAUGGUUGUAUGUGCUUCCUUUUAAGUCUAUACAAUGUUGUCCCUAUUUUUAGCUUGAUAGUAGAUGUUUUAGAAAUAAAAGAACAUUAAAUAUGAAUAAUAUAAA